UACACUGAAUACCCACAUUGCAUUGAAAUAAGCGAAGGAGACUGUUUACCUCUUGUUUCUUCUGCGCAGAACUGGGGGAAAAACCUGCGAAAUUUUUUGGGGUUUUUCCGCGCGGUUUCUUGUUCCGACUUGUUUCUGCUUAUUCAUACACAUUCCGCUCAACCAUGGACUACACAGAUGCACAACGUGUUGAAGGUAUAUUUUUUAAAGAGAGAAACCCCGAUUCACAACCUGAAGAUGUUGAAAUGGUGUCUGUUGAAGGAAGUAGCGAAUCUGUAAAUGCCAGAUAUGACAUGGAUCGUAACAAAGAAAACCUGGCUUUGAUAAUCAACAAUGAAAGUUUCGACGAAUCGACUGGUUUCUCUAACCGACAAGGAUCCGACAAAGAUGCAUCAGCAAUUAAACACACAUUGGAGUCGUUGCAUUUUAAGGUAAUUAACCGCAAGAAUUUAUCAGUGAAAGACAUGAAGCAAAUCUUUAAGGAUAUAUCCACGAUGGAGCAUGCGGAGCAUAACUGCUUCGUUUGUAUUAUAUUGACUCACGGUGAAGACGGUAACCAGAUUUAUGGCACUGAUGGAGAAGUAAAUCUUAACGAGUUAGUGCAGAUGUUUCUUCCUGAUAGAUGCCCAGAUUUAAUAGGUAAGCCAAAACUAUUCUUCGUACAAGCCUGUCGGGGAAGGAAAGAGGACAGCGGUGCACCUAUGCACGAUGCCGGCGAUGUUAGAGAAAAAUAUCAAAAUGUCACAUCUCACAAAGUACCACUUGGGGCCGACAUGCUUCUGGCUUAUUCCACUGUCCCUGGAUUUUACUCCUAUAGACGUUCUACGACUGGAUCUUGGUUCAUUCAAUCGCUAGCCCACAUUUUGGAAAAACACGGAGACCGACUUGAACUGCAACAAUUAAUGAUUUUGGUAAACCGUAAGGUUGCCUAUGAAUAUGAGCAUUCUUGCACUAAAAUGAAACAGGUUCCUUGCGUGGCAAACAUGUUAAUGAAAGAGUUAUACUUUUACAAGUAAAAUCUUUCCUCUUCUUUCACUUUUUAUAUACACGCACACUAUUAUUUUUCUUAUACUUUUCAGCCUAAAGGCUGUGAAAAUGCUAAAUAUAUGUCUAUUUCUGUUACUAUUUAGUAGAGGUAACAGAGUUGCUGAAGGCCCGAAUGUUUUGUCGUUUUAUAAGUGCCAACACACGGAAAUUUCACGUCUUGAUUCACUCUUCGCUACUACUUGAGAACAGUGGCCCCGGUGCGCGUAGUCGCGCAUCCGCGCUAGCUAGUCGUGACUAGUCAAUCCUACAACGACUACCUAGCAAAGUAAAUAAAACACUAAAUAGAUAAUUUUUUUAC